AUGUCACGAGGAGACAACUGGAACCUUUACCCUUCCCAUUUCCGAGAAGCUAAAUCACAGAAGCACCAGCUUGCCCAGUUCAGGCAGAGGAAGGCACAAACUGAUGGUCCGAAUGGAUCAAAGAAGCAGAAAAAGAAGAAGAAAGCCACAGGCAUCAAAGAUGAAGGAUCAAUACAAGAUGGGCUCGAUGCUGAUCGGUCUCGAGGUGAUGAAACCUCUGCCUGCAGCAGCCGAAGGGGAGCAGCUGCCACUGCUGACUGUGCUGUUAGCAGGACUUUGCAUGGUGGGGAGAUGAUCAAGCACAACCAGGCUUACACCAUUGAGCUGGAAAGUGACAUUCCCACCACAGUAGAAGAUUACAGCUCUGAGGUAAAUGGUUACAGUUUUGUGGCGAGCACAGCUGCACCUGCAGACCUAUCCAGGGAAGAAGAAUUUGGAGUUGGAGAAAUGUGUUCUGAGCAUGGAAUGCAGCACUCUCACACGCAGCUAGAGGUGAUGGAGAAUGAAUUGGCUGGGAAACAGCAAGAGAUUGAAGAGCUAAACAGAGAGCUAGAAGAAAUGAGGGCAGCAUAUGGUACAGAAGGAUUGCAACAGCUGCAAGAAUUUGAAGCUGCUAUCAAGAAAAGAGAUGACAUCAUCACGCAGCUCACUACGAACCUGCAGCAGGCACGGAAAGAGAAAGACGAAACGAUGAGGGAGUUCUUGGAGCUGACUGAACAGAGUCAGAAACUGCAAAUUCAGUUUCAGCAUUUGCAGGCAAGUGAAGCCCUGAGGAACACCAGCCAUAGCUGCACAGCUGCUGAUUUAUUGCAAGCCAAGCAACAGAUACUUGCACAUCAGCAACAGCUGGAAGAACAAGAAUAUCUGCUGAAGGACUAUCACAAGAAGAAUGAAGGGCUUGAAGUGCAAGUUUCAUACCUUCAGGACAAAAUCACAGCAUAUGAAAUGGACAAACAGAGAAACGAGGGAGAAGAUUUGAAUAAACAGCAAGAAAAAGAAGCAUUAAUUGAGGAGCUGGAAGCAAAACUUGGGGAAGAAGAAAAAAAUUCAUUUCAGCUUCAGGAAAAAUUAUCAGAUGCUACUAAAUCAGUUGAAGAAUUGCAAGAACAAAUUUCACUGAAGAACCAGGAGAUUAGUAACAUGAGAGCUGAGCUUGCCAGCUACAAGCAGAAGGAAAGACAAUGUUCUGAAGAGAUCAAACAGCUGAUGGGAACAGUGGAAGAGCUACAGAAAAGGUGUUACAAAGACAGCCAGGCUGAAGCUGACAUCGUGCAAAGAAUGGAGCUGGAAACACAAAGGAGACUGGCACAGCUUCAGGCUGAACUGGAUGAAGUGCAUGGCCAGCAGAUUGUGCAAAUGAAGCAAGAAUUAAUUAAGCAACAGACCCUGGAAAUAGAGCGGCGUCUCUCGCAGCAGAAAGCAGCGCUGGAGACAGCUUCAAGUCUGUGUUUGAACGAGGGUGUCAAUAAAGAUCAAAUGCAUUCCAUGAGCAUCAAAAUUGAUGAGCUGAGUGCGAAACUGCAAGGUGCUGAUAACGAAAGGGAACAAAUAAAGCAAGAGCUGGCACAGCAGCUGGAAGCCAUUUCAGCAGAGAAGUCUCUUCAGCAAACCAGAAUCGAAGAGCUUUUGCGGGAACUGGAAUUUUCAAGAGAGCAGGUCCAAAGAGCCAAGCAAACUAUAGUGGAUAUGGAAUGCAGAUUAAAUGAAGCUGAGAAAUUCCAGCUGGUGAUUGAGGAUUUGAAAACUCAGCUGGCCAGUGCCUCUGAAGUUAGGAAGGAAUUGGAAUUAAAACAUGAGGCAGAAGUCACAAAUUACAAAAUAAAACUGGAAAUGCUAGAAAGGGAGAAGGAUGCCGUGUUGGACAGGAUGGCAGAAUCUCAAGAAGCAGAGUUAGAGAGACUGAGAACAAAGCUGCUCUUUAGUCAUGAAGAGGAACUUUCCAGACUUAAAGAUGACUUGCAAAAAGAGCACAUGGUGAGCGUGGAAAGCCUUAAAGAGAACUUGAGUAUGUACCAUAAACAGCAGUUAGAUGAGGUGCAAAAUGAAAUGAGUCAAAAGAUAGAAGCCAUGCGCAAUGAAAGGGACAAUUUGAUCACAAAGCAAAAUCAGCUGAUACUGGAGAUUUCCAGCCUCCAAGAGUUACAUCAGUCUGUUGUAAAUUCCAGAUCUGAAGAAAUGACACUUCAAAUCCACGAGCUGCAGAAGGAGCUCGAAGUGCUUAGGCAAGAAGAAAAAGAAAAAGGUACCCUUGAACAGGAGAUCCAAGAGCUGCAGCUUAAAACUGAGUCAAUGCAGGAACAAAUGAAGGAGAGGGAAGAUAGCCUUCAGAGAAAGUGUUCAGAACUUGAAAUGCAAAAUAACCUUCUGAAGGGGGAAAACACAGCUCUGGAGGAGAAACUGAAAAGUGUGUUGGUGAGCUCCGAAGAAAACAUCAUUUUGAACAGCAGGGUUAGCUCUGAGACAGAGAGCUUGGCCUUGCAAAAAAGAAUUGAAAAGCUGAUGACUGAAAAUGAGCAACUUAAGAAACAAAAUAGUCAGCUCCAGGAGGACACUGAAAGGCAGAGGAGUGCCUUUGUGUGUACUGAGAGAAAACUUGAAGCUAAUUAUCAGGAGCUGCAGAAAGAAUGUGCGAGGCUUCUGAAGGCAAAAUCUGAGUUAGAAGAGGACAAGAAUAAGCAGGAAGCUGAAUAUAAAAGCAAACUUGAAGCUUUGAAUGAAAAGCUUCACCACUUACAAAGCAGCAGACCAGUUUUAUUUAAAAAUAAAGCUCCUGAUUCUGAAGGGAAUAAAGAAAUCAAGGUGCCCAGGGCAGACGCGUUUGAGGCUGGAGAAGUUGUUGAGAAAGAUGCAACAGAACUGAUGGAGAAGCUUGAGGCUACCCAGCGUGAGAAACUGAAAUUAUCCCUGAGACUUUCUGAUCUCUCUGAGCAGCUGAAGUCGAAGCACAGUGAAAUUGGUCAUUUAAAUGAAAAAGUGAAAUCCUUACAAGAUGAGAAAGAAGAAGUUCUAGCAAAAUGUAAAGAACUAGAAGUCAUAAUUAGCCAUGCUCAGAGGGGAAAUAGGAGUGGUACUAAACCCAGGACAAAAUCUUCCAAAGGAAAAACUCUAAAGACUGUUCCUCCAGCCUCUGCGAGCAGAAACAAAACGCUUGGGCCAAGCAAUGGAGUUGAUGAAGGAAUAAGUGGAAGAGGAAAUCUAAGUUCAGGCAAAGAUACCAAUUGUGAGGUAAGAAAAAGGAAGGAGGUUCAGCAGAUGCAGCAUUCUCUUGCAGAACAUUUGCAUGGGAUGGCAGACAGGCUUGCAGAUGAAACAUCAAGAGCCAUUACACAGCAUGAAGAUCAUCACCUUCAGCAGCAAGUGGAUGCAUUGAAAUCAGAACAGACUGAUCUACAGCUGCAGAUGGAAGCGCAGCGCAUCUGCCUGUCUCUGGUGCAUUCAGCUCAUGUAGACCAGGUUCGUGAGGACCUGGAGGCGGAGAAGGAGAGUGCCCUUUGCAGUCUGAAAGAGGAGCUUGUGCGCAGCCACCUGCAAGAGAUGAGCGACCUGCAAAGCAUGCAUCAGCUGGAGCUCCAGACCUUGAAAUCUCAGCAAGCAGAUGAUGAAGUCAAAUCUACACAAAGACUUAUAGAAAAGCUGAAUGAAGCUGUCACUGAGGAGUGUUCUAGGCUUGCUCAGGUUUUAUGUGACAAUCAGAAUGAACACUCUUCAGUUGCUGUAAAAGCUGGUGACAGGGAACAGGAUGUUCUGGAAGAAAAGCUGGGCAUAGAAUUACAGAUACACAGAGGUCAAGCUCAAGAUUUAGCUGGGCAAGAACGCAUGGAUGCACUUCUCCACAAGAUAAUGGAAGAGUACAGCAGGCUGAAAGCACUUCAGACACAGCUGGUGAAGGACUGUAAACAGAUCAAAGAACCACGUCUGUCGUCUUCAGAAAGAAGGAAAGAAGAGGAACCUAUCCAUCUGGAAACAAGACCCCCUUCACAGGGCCCAAUGGACCCUAAGAUUCAAGAAUACUGCUCGAAGGAAAUAGGGAACCUUAAAACACAACUUGAAGAACAACAUGCUCAAGAACUAGAACACCUCCGGUCCUAUUUCCAGCAGCAGCUGAAAGAAAGUGAAGAGAAGUACACUACAGAGAUUGGCCAUCUGCAGGCUAAGCUUCAGAGUGCUGGGGGAUCCUCUGACCACCACCAGAGAGUAUCCACAGAUUCAGAAAUAAAGCUGAAAGAAGUCUUCAGGAAAGUGACAUGCCCUGAAAAACUUCAGCAAAGACCAGAGGAAGCAUUGGAGCUUGGUAGUGAAAUGGAAAUGCAGAAGGAUCUGGAUGUUGUCCAGCUGCUGGAAAAACAAUACCAAGAAAGAUUACAAGAAGAAAUAGCAAAGGUGAUUGUGUCAAUGAGUGUAGCAUUUGCUAAGCAGACUGAAGUGUCAAGAAUUGCUGGGCAGAAGGAAGAAGCAGCACAGACAGAGACUGGACAUCAGCAAGGAAUGUGUGUUGAAACUGGAAAGCAGCGUAGGGAAGAAGAGGUUGAGAGCCCUCUGAGAACAUUAGCAGAAAAAGGCAAUGAGCAAGAAGAACUGAAAUCACUCUGCAAGGAACUCAGUGAAGAGUCUGGUGAGAUCAGCUCGCUUGGAGAACAGCCUCACUCUAACAGCAAGCCUGAUUUGGUGUUGGGACAGGCCUCAAAUGAAUCAGUGGUUUCUGAAGACCUUUUUAAUCUUGUCAAAGGGCUUCCAGUGGAAGAGACACUGCACUGCGAGGUUCCUGCACCAGACACAGAAGCAUCAAGGCAGCUGCUGUUGUAUGAGGAGCGUUUGGAGGACAUGAGGCAGGAGCUGGUACGGCAGUAUCAGGAGCAUCAGCAGGCAACGGAGCUGCUGAGACAAGGGCACAUGCAGCAAAUGGAAAGGCAGAAGGAAAACCAAGAGCAACUCCUGGCAGAGCUGGAGAAUCUUAAAGUGCAAUUAGCUGAGCGUGUCUCAAUGGAGAAUGACAGCCUGGUUGCAGAAAGGGAGAGAAUGCUUUUGGAAGAACUGGAAUCAUUGAAACAACAUCCUGCACCUGGAAGAGAGAGGCUGCUGUGUGAGCAACGGAACAGCAGCACACAAACAGAGAAUGAGAAUGAAAGGCAGAACGACGUGAGGGAGCAGAUCUUUGAGCAAGAAGAUGGAGGAAGGAAGCCUGAUGAGACACCUUCAGCUCUUCUUUCUAAAGAAAGGUGCUUACAAAAGGCUAAUGAGAAACUCCUGAAGAUACUUUUAGAAGUUGUGAAGACAACUGUGGCCAUGGAGGAGACAAUUGGUCGACACGUUCUGGGGUUACUGGAUCGAUCUGGGAAGGUCCAGCCUUCCAAACCAGUUGGAUGGGACACAGAGGCAGAGGAGCCAGUGAAGCCCUGCAUCCGUGUGGGCUAUGAGAAAGAACCCUGUUCCUCAUACCAUGGUAGUAGUAUGGGAGAUGAUGAUAUCAACUUGUGGUCAGGAGCAAUGGAUGAAGGACUGCUGAGCCAACAUCUUGCAGAAAGUGGAAUGGAAAUAGAUCCUGAAAAGGAAGAACUGCUUAUGAGCAUUAGUUCUCGACUGCAAGCAGCUGUUGAAAAGCUUCUGGAAGCUAUCAAUGAAACUUCAAAUCAGAGUGCUUUUGCUGCCCCUAUGGGUUACCUGCGUCCUUCUGCCAUCCAGGGAUAA